AUGCAAAAUAGAACAUACAUUAAGGACAUUGUAGAAGGCACCAACACUUCUGUGUUUGGGUUUGUACUGUCGUAUAUAGCGCCUAAAAAGACACACGGGUCGGACUACCAGAUGAUUAUAACCAUCAGAGACGAGUCAAGCAAGCAAAAGAUUCCUGUGCAGCUCUUUUUCAGCAGCCAAGAAAGCUUUCCAAAGGAAAUCAUCGAAAGAGAAACCGUCAUUAAAAUAGAAAACUUGAACAUGAAACAGAGAGAAACACGGGCGUGCUAUCUCGUAGACAGAAAAAAAGGAUGCUUCUUUUUUAAGGCAAAGAAGGAGAGAAUGUCCCAUGUGCCAUACUUCGAGUGCAGUGGGAUGGAGUACGUAGGAAGUCCCAGCGAGACAGAGGAGCUUGAGAGAAUACACAAGCAUUUUUACAACGAGAUCACAGAGAGCCCAAGGAUACUCUCCACUGUGACAAAGCUAGACCUGCUCUUUACAGCGUAUGUGUACAUAAAACAGAUCUCUGGGAACUCCAUCCUCACAAACCUUUUGGUGUGCGAUCCAAGCACCGAUAGACAGCUGAGAGUUCGCGUGUGGGCAAGAGAAAUAGAAGAACUUCCAAAAAAGGACACAUGUGUGUGCAUUUUCAACCUUAAGGUGAAGAAAAUAGACCAGGCCUUCAUCAUAGCAGACGUCAGCAGAAGCUCAAUCUUUAAAUGGACUAGCAACAUACCAAAAGAAGUGCAAAUGCUGUUUGGCGCGUACAAACUCCUGAACAGCAAGCACUUUGUAAAUACCGUUGCUAGAAAAAUCAACAAACUAGACGAUCACUUAGAAAAUAGUAGCAUUGGCAAUUAUCCUUCUCUAGAAGAAAAACAGACAGAGGAAGGAGAGCAUGAGUAUACUGGAGAAAAAGACAGUUUUGGACAUAAACUAAAACCAUUGCUAACUGAAUUAGAAGAGCCUUCUUCUUUCCACAGCGCUCAUUACGACCCUAUUAUUAUCGAUGAAGAUAUUCUCUCAGAUGAGAAGGAGCCAGCUGCCAAAAGACCUCACAGCAGUGAAGAGCCCUGUGCUAAACGGGUUUCCAAUGAAGAACAGAAAUAUACAGAGAAAUCUUCUAACAGCACCCUUUCUAUCGAGAAAGAAGGCAGUGCAUCUAUGCCUGCCAGCAGUGUACAACAAAGCGCAGAUAAGAUGGCUGUCCCUUGCACAAGCAGCCAAACAAUCGAUAGCAUCAUUGGAGAAAAAGAGGCUAUCUUUUCAUUCAAAGAAACAGACAGAAUAUACGACGAACUUCUCAAUCUACCGAUAAAGCCUUACUACACGAACCUUGAUACGAAAGUAAUAGCCUUUGAUGAUGCCACUUUCUCGAUACUGAGCCCAAAGAGCGAUGCCCUACCGCAUGUUAGCGAUAAUAUGCCUGCCAACAUCUCAAUGCAAACCGUGUCAUUCUACAAAAAGGUCCCCAUCAUCUAUCACAUGUUCAAUAAAAGAUCACCAGAUACGCACAAAGAGAUAUCUGGAUACGUUUUGGUCGCUAGCAAAACAAAGCCCACCACUAUACAUGUACUCCUGUGCAACAGAGAAUAA